AUUAUACAGAUAGCAAGGAUAGAGAAAGGUAAAAGCAUAUCAUUUAUAUUGCUAGCAUUUUGUUUGCCAAAAGGAGUGACAAUUGUAAUAGUGCUGUUAGUAGCAUUGCAAAAGGAUUUGCAUAGGCAAUGCAAGUCAUGCAAAAUCAAUUCACAUGUUUGGCAAAGCUAA